AUGGAGUGGAACUUCGAUUCAAAUAACGAGCAGUAUGUUCCAGAAGUAGAGGCAACGUACGACGGACCGGUUCUCGAGGGCGAUAUCUCUGCGGAAUUUAUGGAGCAGUUAAUUGAAACAUUCAAGGCCCAGAAGAAGUUGCACAAAAAAUACGCGUAUAAGGCUAGUUUUUGUGGAUUUUCCGCAUAUGAGGUUAAAUUUUGUCGUUUUAUGGAUACAGAUGAAGGGAACAUUUCUUGA